AUGGUGAUCCAAAUCUGCCAGGCUCUGGUCACUUAUGUGCCCCUUCUGUGGAUUGUAAGAGUGGCUGAUGGGAUGCCUGACCCUGCUCAGAGGGACCUGCUGAUGCGGCAGGAGACGUCCAGACAGAUGGGAGGUCGGGUGAUACUGACAGCGGCAGAGGAGAAGCUGGAUGUUUACCUCCGUCGUUUAAAGGAGCAAGAGAUGUCUGCUGCUCAGUUCCCUCCUGCCAUCCACUUCUUCAAAGCGAAGCCUCUCAUCCAGAAGAGUCCGAUCUUCAAACUGCUGCAGAAGAUGCCUAAAGGUGCAGCCUUACACAUCCACACCUCCUCUCUGGUCGGUGUUGAAUGGCUGGUGAAAAACGUCACCUACAGGCCUCACUGCUACAUCUGCUUCACCUGGGACAACUCGGUUCGCUUCCUCUUCUCCAACCGCCAGCCGUUCCCGCGAUGGGACUGCUUCUACUGGCAGCUGCUGGAGACCCUGAGAGCCAGAAUAGGAGACACUGCAGGCUUUGAUAACAGUUUAAUGCAGCACCUCACACUGUUCACCGAGGAUCCAGAUGGUGAGUACCCGAACCAAGAGGUUGUCUGGGAGAAGUUUGAGAAAGCCUUUAUCGCAGCUGCUGGGCUGAUCACGCACGCACCCGUGCUGAGGGACUACUUCUAUGAGGGCCUAAAGGAGCUUCUCCAUGACAACAUCAUGUAUCUGGAACUCAGGAGCGGCCUCUCAAAGACGUAUGAGCUCGAUGGAACCAUUCAUGAUAAGGUCUGGACUCUGAAACUGUUUCAAGAAGUUACCAGGAAAUUUAUUGCAGAUCAUACGGACUUUCUCGGGGCUCGUGUCAUCGUUUCUGUGCACAGGGCUCUGAGUGUAUCUGAGGUCAAAGCAGCUGUGAAAGAGGCCAUUCAGCUGCAAAAGGACUUCCCAGAUGUUGUUGCAGGAUUUGACAUGGUUGGCAGGGAGGACAGCGGGAGGACCCUUUGGUACUUCAGGGAGGCUCUUUCUCUGCCAGCUGAACUGGGUGUCACGCUGCCAUAUUUCUUUCACGCGGGGGAAACAGAUGACGAAGGCACUGACGUGGAUCAGAACAUUCUUGACGCCCUUCUGUUCAACACCACGCGCAUCGGCCACGGCUUCGCUUUGGCACACCAUCCGCUCGCCAAAGAGCUUUCUAGGAAAAGAAAUGUGGCUGUGGAGCUGUGUCCCAUCUCAAACCAGGUGCUGAGGCUGGUGUCGGACCUCCGGAACCACCCUGCAGCUGUACUGAUGUCUGAAGGUCACCCGAUGGUGAUCAGCUCUGACGACCCGUCUCUGUUCGGCACCACGGGCCUCUCCUACGACUUCUAUCAGGCCUUUGUUGGCAUCGGAGGAUUAAAAGCAAACCUGGGAACUCUGAAAGAGCUGGCUCUUAACUCCAUCAGGUACAGCUCCCUGCCAGCUCAUCUGAAGGACACAGGUCUUGUCAUGUGGCAGAAAAAAUGGGACGCCUUCAUCUUAAAUCAUUCAUGA